AUGGCGGUGGUGGUGGAACAUCUGCCCAUCAGCGUCGAGCUCGCGGCGCCGCCGGUGCCCGAGCCCGUGGGGUGUGGCGGCGCCGCCCUCACCGCCGCGCUGCACCGCGCCGUGCUCGGCCCGGCGCCUCCGCGCCUCUGGGUCUACGUGCCCGACAAGUGCCAGGCCCCGUCGCAGGACUUCCCGAUAUUAAUUGGGUUUGGGCUGGCGUCGCUUAUCACGCAACCAAUGUGCCAAACCUACGUGGACACCGUGCUGCACGGCUGCCUGGAGUGGGGCGGCGCGGCUCUUGCCCGGGAGUGGGCAGCGACGACCUUUGGCUGGUCGGCCUAUUUCCUCAACGAUGCGCCCCUGAGCCGAAGGCCGUGGCUGCACCGGCCCCGGCACACGGAGAUCGACGAGGUGCUGCUGCAGAACGAGAGUUGGACGAGGUUUUCCGAGCGGAGGCACCCCGAGGACUUCGCGGUGCAUUGGACCGCUGGCAUACGGGGCAUGUGGGGCGUGCCUCCCCGGAACCCCGGCUUCGUGGGGCGCGCAAGGGAGCUGGAGCAGAUUGGCUGGGCUCUGAGCAGUGCCGACGCCUCCGGCACCGUCUCUGCCGGGGUGACCACCAUCGAGACGGUGGGCCUCGGCGGCGUUGGGAAGACCCAGCUCGCGGCGGAGUACUGCCACAGACGCUACCAGGCGCAGGACGGGCGGUGUGCCUACGGCCUGGUGGUGUGGCUCGCGGCGGAGUCGUCCGACUCCAUCGCGGCGGGGCUGCGGGACCUUGCGGCCGACUGCGGCAUCGCCGUCAAGGACAUGCACAACGAGCAGGUCGUGGAGGAGGUUCGCUCGCGCCUCUUCAGGUCGGGCUGCCGGUGGCUCCUGGUGUUCGACAACCUCGAGGACAGAGGGGUGCUGGACCUGUACGUGCCCCGCGGGGGCUUCGUGGCGGGGCACGUCCUCGUCACCACGAGGGUCGUCGUGCCUGGGGUGCCGCAAGACAGGCGGAUAGCGGUGGAUUGCUUCAGCCCCGAGGAGUCUCUAAAUUUCCUCAGUGGCUCCGUCGGGGCCCACGCGUUGGAAUCGGUAGCCGACCCUGGCGGGGGAACAGCGAGCGCGGGCGCCGUGCUGGCAGAGGCCUUGGGGCACUUGCCGCUGGCGAUGGCGAUGGCCGCCGCGUACAUGGUCCACUGCGACGCCACGUGCUCGGAGUACUGCACGGCUCUGCGCAACUCGGCCCGGUUCCUCAGCAGCGACUCGCACAAGUUGUCGAGCUACCCGAUGGGCGUCACGGAGAGCUUGUCGCUGUCCUUGCGGCGCAUGAGCCAGUGCGGCGAGCAGUCCACCGACGGCGAGGUCGGCCCACGCGAGGUCUUGGACUGCGUGUGCUUCCUUGCCCCAGAUGGAGUGACGAAGCAGCUCGUCUCCCUGCUCGCGCACGAGCUCAGAGCUCGGCGGAGGGAGCCCGCCGGCCAGGGCCCCUGGUGGCUCUGCACCGCGCCGUGGCCAGCCCACGCGGGUGGCGUGGUAGCUUUCGCGGUCGCGGGCGCCUCCCUUGCAGCGGCGCUGGCGGCCAUCAUCUGGCGCCGACGCACGGCCCGCGGGCGCCUCGCCGUGGCCAUUGUCGCCUGCAUGGCCGCCGCACGUUGUGCGGUGCAGCAAGGCCAGGCAGCUCUGGACGGCCCCCUGGCACGUGCGCCGAGCACGGACUCGCUGAGGCGGCAGCCGUCUUGGCUGUCCGACGUCUCGCUGGAGGCAGACAGGAUCUGGACACUGCUGAAGCAGUACUCGCUGCUGGCGGUGCGGGACAGGACGGGCUCGAUGCACCGGCUUCUGCAGCAGCUGCUGCGGGACCUCCAGGGCGAGGAGCAGUCCGCCAGGUCCCUCACGUGCUGCGUGGCCGCCCUGAGGUCGCUCUGGGCGUUCGACCCAGCGGACACGACGACCUGGGCGGAGGCCGGGAAGCUGGUGGAGCACGCGAAGGCCGUCGGCCGGCACACGGACUUGCUCCUUGGGGGGGGAGGGGGCAGGCGGCGCAUCUCUCCCGUGUUGCUCCACGCCUUGCGUGGCGCGGCGGAUCUGCUGACUGACGUCGCGCUCUACAUGUCCAUGGCCUUGAGCCGCUUCGACGAGGCGAACGCCGAGCUCGAGAUCGCCACCCGCUUUCACAAGUUCCACCUGCCCGGAGGGCUCACGGCCGUGAGCGCGGACCUGGCCCGGACGCUGCACACCCGCGGCCAGGUGGCCCGGUACCGGGGCAAGCUGCGGGAGGCUUCUGCGAACCUGGACGCGGCGCUGGAGAUGCGGCGCAGCCUCAGCAGGCAGGCGGAGCCCCACCUGUGGGACGUGGCCUCCACCCUGCACGAGACGGGCAUCCUGCGACUGAGGCAGCAGCUGCCCGAGGCCGCCGAGGCCCUCCUGCGGGAGUCCCUCGGCAUGAAGAGGUCGCUGCGGGCCCGCUCCGUCCCGCCGCCGCUGGCGCGGCAGCACCGCUUCUCUGACGAGGCGGCCACUCUGCACCAGUUGGCGGUGGCAGCCAUGUCCGCGAAGCCCAGCCGGCUGGACGAGGCCGAGGGCCUGCUCCUCGAGGCGCUCGCGGCGGAGGCCUCCGACAACCCGUUCGGGCGGGGCGCGCGGGCCGCCAGCCUGCAGCAGCUGGCGCGGGUGCAGAUGCGCCGUGGGCGCCUGGUCGCGGCGCGGGGCAACCUGCAGGAGGCGCUGGCGCUGCACCAGGAGGCGUACGGCAAGGACACGCCGCACGUGAACCUGGUCGCGGUCCGGACGCAGCUCGGCAAGGUGGCCUGCGAGCUCGCCCUCAAGACCGGGGGCUCGGAGGCGGCGCCGCUGCUGGAGGAGUCGACUGGCCACCUGCUGGAGGCGCUGUGCGCGCAGCGCCGCAUCUACUGUGGCGGGCGGGCGGGGCCUGGUGAGCCAGACGCGAAUCCAUCUGCGAGCGCCUCCCUGGAGAGCGAUCGACCAGAGAUCGCCGCGACUCUGGGCCAGCUUGGUGUCGUGCAGCGCGGGCGGAAGUGCCUGAGCAGUGCCCAGUGGUAUUUCUCCGCGCAGCGCGAGAUGUUGUCGCGACUCGUUGGCGCGGGCUGCGGCCAGGGGCCGCUGCGGCCAAGCAUCGACGGGGCGCCGGGCGGCCCCGCCUCGGAGCAGCUACUGCGGCAGCUGCUGGCCGCGAUGCAGUGGGAGAAGACCACGUCCCGAGAGCUGGGCGAGGUCGACCGCUCCAAGCGCCUGACGGAGGACAUGAAGGCGGUGUCCCGAGCGCUCAGGGCCGCGGGCGCCGCAGGCGGGCGGGCCGAGCCGGAGCCCACCGACGGCGGCCUGCAGGAGGGCGCGCUCUGCAGAGCCUGCGUCGGCUGCCGCGAGGCGGUGCGCGAGGCCCUGCUCGAAGCGCGGAAGACGGGGAGGGGUCUCCCAGAGGGCUUCUGCGCCGCCCAGGCGGCGGGCCUGGCCGCCGCGGCGCGGCGGAGCGAGGCCGAGGAGGGCGACGGCGCGCAGGGCGGCGCCGCCCUGCUGAGGGCGGCCGCCGCCGAGUUCUGCAGCGCGCUGCUCUCGCAGGGCGACGACAAGUUCCAGGCGUGCGACGACAUGCGCUCCGCGCUGCGGCAGCUCGGCGUCCGAGGCGCGACCUGACCGGCGGCGCCGAGGCGACCCCCAGACGUGCUCGCGUCGAACAACAAAUCACGACGGGAGAGUUGUGGUGUCUUUUCGGCCUCUGGGAACCCUCGCUGGGCCCCGAGGCCGUCAAAAGCUUCUCGCGAUGAAGGAUCGGCCCUGGCAGAACGGUCGGGACCUCUGAGGGCCCCGUAUUUCGAGUAGGGGAUCGGCUGCAGAAUUCAUUUAUCCCAUCCUCGUCG